AUGCGGCGCCCGACUCUGCUGCCACUCUUGGUGCUGGUACUCGCAGCGGCCGUGGCAGUGCUCAAGGCGGCUGCUGCGCCGGCCGCUGCGCCCACGUCAGACCCGACACCUGCGGACUUGGCGGGGUUGCUCAUACCCAGCGUACAGGCCGUCUUCGGUGACCGCAUACCCAAGGACGGCCUCGGUGGUGUGCUUCGGGCCGCUGACCCAAUCACGGCCUGCGCGCCUCUGAAAAACGUCGACAAGAAGACGCCCUGGGUGGCCCUGAUCAAGCGCGCGCAGAAGAAGUGCGAGUAUGAAGACACGACAUUCCGUGCCCAGCAGGCCGGCGCCAUUGCUGCGAUCGUAUUUGACUUCAAAACGGACUCCAGCACUGGCGAUGAGAACCUCCAGCUGAUGCAGCCCUCUAUCGCCAACCCCGGCACAAAAAUUCCAUCUGUGUUUAUCUCCCUCCAAAACGGGGACGCCCUGAUGGUGCUGCUGCAGCGCAAGAAAACGCCGUUGGUUAACGUGGUGCUGCAGCCUACCAGGGUGGUAGCAUGGAUCGGGGACCAAAAGCCGACCGCGCUGACCCUGGCAGCCAAGGCAGGGCCCAUCGGCAACAUCACCCUCACGGGCAGGCAGGUCACCCUCUCAGGCACCAGCGCCGAAAUCGUCGACCGCUGGGCCACCACUAUGGCCGGCCUGCGCCCCGGCGACACGCUGAUGAUCGCCCCCCAGGGGGGCGUGCUCCAGGUGCCUGUGGGGUCGCCGCUCGAGGUCACCGCGGCGAUCGUCCUAGCCGGCGCGCCCGCCGGCGCGGCAGGCUCCCGCGUGGCUGCAGGCGCGCCUCAGGGGGCGGCGGUGGUCACAUGUGCAAAGGGAGGCGAUCAGGCAUUGGUCAUCAGGUCCCCCGGCGCGAUCCUUGCCCGGAUGGGGUUUGUUGGCUGCACCCGCGCGGCCGUCGGCGUCGAGCGCGUCGGCCGCAGCGCCACCGGCACCGGCGGCGUGGUGUAUCCCAGAGAGCGCCCCGUGCUGCUCCAGCAGCUCACGUUCCAGCGCCACCUCGCAAUGGCGGUUGAUUUGGAGGUCGGCACGGCCGCCGAGCUCACAGACUCGCUGUUCAAGGACAACGGGGGCGACAACCGCAACAAGCUCCUCACCAACUAUCCCCAGGUCUGGGCCCACGCGGGCGCGGCCCUGGCCGUCAGGAACACCAGGUUCCUUGACAACUUCGACAGCAACAUCAACUUUAAGGGGGACCUGCUGACCAUCGACAACAGCCAGUUCGUCCGCGCACAGGACACGGCCAUCAGGGUCUCCUACCGCGAGCCGCCGGCCCUGCUGUACCGGGGGUCUGCUCUGCAGCCGCCGCUGUUCAGCACGGCGCGCGUGAAGGGGUGCAAGUUCUUGGGCAACACUAAGACCGGCGGCCCGGGAGGAGCCAUCUUCCUGGGGACAAACGGCGUGCUGACUGUCAGCAACUCGACAUUCACCAACAACUCGGCAGACUCGGGCGGCGCCAUAUUUGUCUACGACAACUCCUGGCUAGCCAGAAUGAGCGACGUCACUUUUGAGAACAAUUCCGCUCUUGGUGGGUGGGCAGCCAACCUGGGUUAUCCUUGGCUGCAAAGUCCCCUUGCGUAA